AUGUUUAUAGAAGCAUCCAAUCCAAGACGACCAGGUGAUAACGCAAAAUUGUACAGUCCUCAACUGGAAUUUUUUGGGAAUAUGUGCCUUCAGUUCGAUUAUUAUAUGUCUGGUGCAACUACUGGAAGCCUGAAAGUCACCGUAAGUGGGAACUUAGUGUUCUUUGCACGUGGUGAUAAAGGAGACAUGUGGCGUAAAGCCCGCGUAAACGUAUCAGCUAUCGAGGGAUUGCAUAUGGUAAGCCAUGCUUUAUUUUUGUGUCUCUUCUAACAACAACAAUAACAACAACCGAAUCUUUAUUUUUAUCAACUCAUUGCUUAACAAUAAAUUAGGAUGAUGAAAAUGUUGAAAGUAAAAUAAGAAUUUAAACUUAAAUGACCCUAUCAAUGGUGGAGUGGUAAAACGCUGUUCUCUGCUAGAGGUAGUUGGGGAAGCCAACCGGGUUGGGAGCCAUAAGUCACCAAUAGCUCACUUUUUUUGUUAACUUAAUUGCCAUGAUAAUACAGCUGCGGGUCCGGGAAUUUUUUAAUAAAGGGUUCCGAACUUGUGCUCACCGUUGAAAGCAUGUUACAACUGUUUACAACUGAUAGUUUUCACAAAUCCUGGCCAUCAUUUGCUGUUAUUUAGUUAAAUUUAUAUAAACUACGUAGAUUGCUAUCGGUGAUCCAUAAGUGGUAGUAAUUUCAGUUUUACUGAAAGCGCCUUCGAUAACAAGAUUUUUCUGGUCUGAAGGGUGCGCAGGCUAGGUCUACCAUCCAGAAGACUCUUUCGGUUCUCGGGUCUAUGUUCUCCGAAUCUUACUUUAGCCAUAAGUUUCUGUACUUCGGUCUGUAAUGAAAAACUGAAAAAGUCGAGAAGACUGCAUCCGUUAUAAUACUUCAUCUUUACCAUUAAUUAUAAAUUAAGCACACAUGAAAUUUAAGUGAUGUACCAUUUGGUAACAUUAUUUAGUCAUAGCAAGAUUAUUCUUUCUUACUCAUAGUGGUGCAAGUAAGUCCGUAACUGUAGUGCAAAAUAUGAUGCGCUUGGUGUUUCCAAGAGGAUCUGUUUUGCUAUUAGCCGACAUUUCCUUAUUUCUAUUGUUAAGUUUGUAGUUUUUUUGACAAAUUCGAAGAUAAUUUUUCAUUAAUUUGAAGACAUUAAUGACAACAGCGACUCUUCCGGACUGAUUGCAACUUUUGACAGGUAACAUUUGAGGGCGAAGUGGGAAGCAGUUUAACUGGUGACAUAGCAAUUGACGACUUCUCCUUGACAGCAGGGUCAUGUCUUUAUGGUAAGUUUUUUGACUAA